AUGCCAGAACGCCGUGUUUUUGUGAUUCGACAUGGUGAAAGGUGCGAUUUUGCCUUUGGGAAAUCGGGUCUUUGGAUGAAUUCAUUUGAUAGUCGUGGAAGAUAUCGACCACUAGAUAUCAAUUUACCACGGAAUUUACCAAAAAGACCUGAUGGUUGGCAAGGAUUUGCUGCCGAUACACCAUUGACUGAAAUUGGAUAUUUACAAUCAAAAUUAACCGGUUUGUUUUUUUUAUUGAAAAGUUUAAUUUAUAAGGGUAAGAGUGAUGGAAACAGAGAAGAAAAAUCAAAUUUUAUUUGAAAAUGACGACAUUGACAAACUUUGACAUUUUUUCGAGCUUUAGACUAACUAUUUUUUUAAUUAGAUUGAUUAUUUUCCGAAAACAUUUUUCGUCCAAAAUAAUUUAUGAAUCACAAAAAAAUGAAGCAUUGUUUGUGGAUUGUCUUAAAUAACAUUGACACGACUAUUUUUUUUUCAAAUAUAUUAAUUCCAUUGUCUUUUUUUCUCCUACAAAUGUUUUUACAGGUCGAUCAUUUCGGGAUCACAAUAUCGAGAUAUCUCAUGUCUUCAGUUCUCCAGCUCUUCGAUGUAUACAAACUACAGUAGGAUUAUUGAAAGGGAUGGGUGCGUUAUAAUUUUCGAUUCUAUCAUACUUUUUUCCAAAUUAUCAGGACAAUAUUUUUAGGUAUCGAUAAAAAGGUGAAUUUUUCUGUUGAGCCAUCAUUAUUUGAAUGGAUGACCUGGGCGAGGUAUGCGAGACCGUGUUGGAUUCCACCAAAAGAAUUGAAGCGAUUAGGUUAUCCAGUCAACGAUCAUUAUGUUCCAUGUUUUUCGGAUAAAGAUUUACGAAUGGAUGAAACAAUGCAACAUUUUUAUCAAAGAUCUUAUGCGGCGAUGAACAAAAUUUUGAAAGAAUGUCCGGAAGGUUGGUUUUGAUUUUUAGGGUUUGGAGUUUGUAAUUUUUGUCAAAAUUUAUGUUGAUUUAUUAAUUUUUAAGCAUUUCGUGUUCAAUUCUACUAUUUUAUUUUUUGUUUUUUUAAUAGUAGAGGAAACAGAAUAGCCAAGAGAUUCAAAAAUUAACGCGAUAAAACAUUAAAACUAUUCUAGUAGCAUUUCAAAGGUUUUGAAAUUAAACUUUACAUUAGUUCUAAAUGUAAGCUUUUUUUUUCAUUCAUUUUCCGAAUCAGUUCCAAAUUUCAUUUGGACUUUGAUGAUUCAAUUUUUGAGAAAUCAUUGAUCUAUUUUCAACAAACAAACACAUGUUUGUUCUUUUUCAGGCAAUAUUUUGAUCGUUGCUCACGGUGCAUCUCUCGAAACAUGCACUCGUCAACUUGUUGGUGGUGAAAUCCGAAAUUCUGACGAUUUCUAUUACCUUGUCCAAAAUACUCCAUAUCUCGCAUGUAUUGAAAUAAGCGGUGGAUCUAGAAAUGGUUCUUGGAAUUUGUCUGGAAGCCCAAUUCCUUCAUUCAGUCACACUUAUAAUAGACCAUUUGACCCGUUGCAAUUAGUUACAAAAGAUUUAGCCGCCUUGAAACGAGAUAAACAAGAACGCGAUAGGAAUAUGCGAACAACACAGUAG